AUGCCCCGGAACCACAGCGGCGAAGAAGGCGGCACUGGGCUCUGGAUGAGGACAUCGCCGGGGCACCGUACCGAAGGCUACGGUUUGAAAGAUGUGGAGUCCGGACGGAAGAUGAUGAACAACGCUGGAGACGGCUUGCUGUCAGCCUCCACCGCCGCAGGUGCUGCCGGCUCCGAGAGCCUGAGGGGCAAGCAGGGAGCCCGGCUCAGCCUGUUGGGGAAGCCGCUCAUAUACAGCGCUCAGAGCGGCCGGAGAAACGUGCGGUACCGGCGGCUCCAGAACUACCUGUACAACGUGCUGGAGAGACCGAGAGCCUGGGCGUUCAUCUACCAUGCGUUUGUGUUCAUCUUGGUCUUCAGCUGCCUGGUGCUCUCAGUGUUCUCAACCAUCCCGGCUCAUCAGGACUUCUCCUCCCACUGUCUCCUCAUCCUGGAGUUUGUGAUGAUUGUGGUGUUUGGGUUGGAGUACAUCAUCCGUAUCUGGUCGGCAGGAUGCUGCUGUCGCUACAGAGGAUGGCAGGGACGACUGCGCUUCGCCAGAAAGCCCUUUUGUGUCAUAGACAUCAUCGUGUUGAUAGCGUCGGUGGCGGUGGUGUCAGCCGGCAGUCAGGGCAACAUCUUUGCCACUUCGGUCCUGCGGAGCCUGCGUUUCCUGCAGAUCCUACGUAUGGUGCGGAUGGAUCGAAGAGGAGGCACCUGGAAGCUGCUGGGAUCUGUGGUCUACGCACACAGCAAGGAGCUGGUAACUGCCUGGUACAUCGGCUUCCUGGUUCUCAUCUUCUCUUCGUUCCUCGUUUACCUUGUUGAGAACAAGUUCAACAAGGAGUUUGCCACCUACGCUGAUGCCUUGUGGUGGGGCACGAUCACCCUGACAACCAUUGGCUAUGGGGACAAGACACCAAAGACGUGGACAGGACGGAUGCUCUCUGCAGGGUUCGCCCUCUUGGGCAUCUCUUUCUUUGCCUUGCCAGCAGGUAUUCUGGGCUCGGGCUUUGCCCUGAAGGUCCAAGAGCAGCACAGACAGAAGCACUUUGAGAAAAGGAGAAACCCAGCCGCCUACCUCAUCCAGUGUGUUUGGCGUAGUUAUGCGGCUGAUGAGAACUCGGUUUCCAUUGCUACCUGGAAGCCUCACUUGAAGGCGUUGCAUACCUGCAGCCCUACAAAGAAGGAGCAGGGAGAGUCAACUACAAGUAAAAUUCAUAGUAAUAAACAGAAGCUACUGAGGAGGUGUACCACUCGGAAACAUAGCCAGAAGUUGAGCUUCAAGGAGCGGGUGAGGAUGGCAAGCCCCCGAGGUCAGAGCAUCAAGAACAGGCAGACGUCUUCUGUGAAUGACCGGCGGUCACCGGUGGCUGAGGCCGGAACAGAAGGCACCAGCCCGGCUAAGGUACAGAAGAGCUGGAGCUUCAAUGACCGCACGCGCUUCAGACCUUCACUCCGCCUUAAGAGCCAAUCCCGCUCCACCACUGAUGCAGACUCCAACAUGACAGGGGAGGACGGCUUUGAUGAGAAGGGUUGUCACUGUGAGAUCUCGGUGGAGGACUUGCUGCCCUCAGUCAAGUCUGUCAUCAGAGCUGUCAGGAUUAUGAAGUUCCAUGUAGCCAAGAAAAAGUUUAAGGAGACGCUGCGUCCUUACGAUGUGAAGGAUGUGAUUGAACAGUACUCGGCCGGUCACCUGGACAUGCUGUGUCGCAUCAAGAGCCUGCAGACCAGGCUGGACAUGAUUGUAGGCCCACAGCCCCUGAGCAGCAGAGCCAAGACCUUUUCCUCCCCCUCCCUCCCUUUCUAUUACAGCCAGGGCAGAAAGAACUCCACUCAGGGAGUGGACCAAAUCCUUGGGAAGGGCCAGAUCCCUCUGGAUAAGAAGAUUCGAGAGAAGCUGCUGUCUGAUGGCGAUAUAUUAGAGGACAUGAGCAUGCUGGGUCGCGUCUGUAAGGUGGAGCGGCAGGUCCAGUCGAUUGAGUCGAAGCUCGACUCCCUGCUCGACAUAUAUCGGCAGGUUCUGCGUAAAGGCUCGUCUUCAGCCCUCACGCUCUCUUCUCUGCCCCUGUUUGAGCUGGAGCAGACCUCUGACUACAACUCCUCCGUCUUCAGCAAGGACUUGUCCUGCUCCACCCAGGUCAGCAGCGGUGGAGCGCCUCCCCCUGGUGGCUGUGUCACACACUCCACCGCCAACUCCCACCUUUCCCAGGGAGGACUCCACCUCAUCCUGGCACCACCCAACGAGCUCAACCUCAAUCUCAAUGUCUCCUCUACCACAUCUCCCUCAGGCCUUGCUUCCUCCUCUUUUAGUCCAUCACCACUGCCCCAUCAUCAUCAUCACCACCAUCACCAUCAUCAUCCUCAUCAUCCCUACCAUCAUCAUACCCAGGCUCAGGCCACCACGCCUGAAAGUGGAACUGAUGAGGCCGUGGGGAGCUCCCCGCCCAUCCUCACCCCAAAUAGCAUCAGCAGUGGAGUGGGCGGAGGAGUAGGAGACAGAGGCUUUCCUCUGCUGCCGAGGCUUCCACCACCACUCCCUCCCAGCCGAAGCGGUGGCCCAAGCAACUUGGUGCAAGUGACGUCCACAGAGGCAUCCCCCGACAUAGAGGACUUUUGUGGAGGUCUAGGGACAAAGAUGGAGGACAGCAGUGUCAGGGAUGACCUAGGCCUUGGGUUGGGGCUGGGAAGACUCAGGCAGCAGCUAAAGAGCAGCACCAACAGCAAUGGCAGGCUAAACACUAAGGAGGAGGGCUCCUGGAGGAGGCAUAUGAGCCUGGAGCUGGAGCCCCUGGUGCCGCAAGCCCUGGGGUGCUGCUCUGGCCCCAGGCAGACGGACCGAGGCUUGGGCAAGUCCAUGUCAGUGCAGGACCUGAUGCAGGCACCUCCAGGGGCUGUCCAGGACUCCCACCACACCUACAGCCUGCCAUCUCCAAGCCCCAGUACAAGCAGUGACUCCCCCAUUGGCUUCCACAGCUGCAGCACCGAAUUGCUGAACAUGCCGCACGUACGGCUAAAAUAG